AUGAAUUCGCGUGUUGACCAUUAUCAAAAGACUUAUUAAACAAAUAAAAAGAACUUGGAAUAGUUUGUGGAAUAAUGUAAUUGUAUGGAUAAAAUAGUUUAGAAAUGUUGUAUGACAAUUUUAAGUAAUUCUCAAGCGAUGAAGGUGAAGACGAAGAAUAAAGUGAUAUUUUAGGGAGACAAAGUCAUUCUGUAUUACAAAGGCCAAUAAUAUACCUUCCCAUUAAGCAUUAUGGCAUUGGCUUCUUUAGAAAAUGUAUUGAAAUAUUUAUCGUAGGUCUUUUCUGUAGAGAAUUUCACAAAACAGGAGAUUGAUUCUUUAUGUUGUCUAUUGCCUGAAGCUGAUUUACAACUAUUCUAAGAUGUGAUUGAAGGCACUAAAAAUUUUCAUUUCGGGAACCCAUUAAAUAUUUUCUUGACGAAAAUGAAAAGUGGAUAUUUUACCAGAAAUAAAGAAAUUUGUGAAAAAUUGGAGUAGAAAAUCUCAAGAAACCAUUUAAAUGAAUACUAUUCAAAUCUCUAUGAUUGCUUUCAUAAAGAUCAAAAUAGAAUUUAGAAUGCACUUUAAAGAAAGAAAAGAAUCAUAUUUUAGCGAUCUCCAUCAUCGAUUUCCGAGGAUUACGAGAUCAGUAAAUAGGUGAAAUUAGAUGAAAAUGAUGAAUUGGAAGAUGAUGGAUUCUCAACAUAAACAUCUCAAUCAUAAUCCUCAGCCAAUGUCUAACAAUAUUCCUUAUAACCUCAACCCUAAAUCCAAUAGUAGUUCAUUCCAUCAGCCCAAUCCUUAUUUAUCAUAACCCCAAUAACCCCAUUGCCACCUUUAACUUCAACUUCAAUUGCUACUACAGCUAUGACUCUGGCUUUAAUGCAAGCCAAAAAAUCAAUAAAGCAGCAGAAUAAAAAUCAAACAUAAAAUUUUCAAGAGUCCAACAUUCCCAACGGAUAAACCAAUAAAGAAUGGCUAGAGUUCUAUUGGAAAUAAGAAAGAGAAAGAUAUUAAAAUCCCCUUCAACCUUACACCUUUACGUGCAUCGAUAGUUCUAAAGUAACAGUGGCUCCUGUGGCUAAGAAAUUAAUAUCAGGAUCAAGUUAAAAGCCAAGAUAACAUGAAUUGCUUAAAAACGAAAGACCCACUUAUGUUACAAUAUUAUCCCUUGUCAGAGAUGCCUCAGCUAGGUUACCAAAGGGAUUUGGUACAAGAGCAGACAUUGUAAAUUUAGUUAGAGACUCUUAAUACAUAAAUGAGAAUCUGCCAGAAGAGAAAAUGAGUUCUAUAAUUUCAGGAGCCUUAGACAGAUUGCAUUAAUCAAGUGAUCCAUGUGUUAAAUACGAUUAAGAAAAAAAGAUCUGGAUUUAUUUACAUCAUGAUAGAGAUUCCUCAUAUCCUGAAUGGCAAGUGGCAACUCCAGCCAAAAAUAAUAGUAAUAAGAAAAAGGGUUAAUUCAAAGAUGAUUAAGAAAUUUGA